AACAUAACCUUGAGGUUGAAAUUUAAAGCAAAAUGUCUCAAAUUCAUAAGCUUGAGGUCGAAUACAAAGCUAAGUGCCCUGCAGAGAAGUUAUACACUAUGCUGACUCGUGAUGCACCCAAGCUUCCAAACUAUGCUUCUCAAACUAUCAACAAAUGCCAAGUUCUCCCUGGAGACGGUGAAGUUCGUCUGGGAAGUAUAUUUGUUUGGGACUAUGUGCAGGGAGAUAAACCCUCGGCCGUCAUCACAAAAGUGAAGAUAACUGCGGUGGACCAUAAAAACAUGUCACUGACAUACACAGUUUUUGAAGGACAUCUCACGGAUGAUUACCCGAGUUUUGCUAACAUACUUGCUAUCACUCCAACACAAAGGAAUGGGAACAAUAAUUUCCUUGUGAAGUGGUCUGUUGAAUAUGAGAAAGCGAAUGAAGAUAUCCCUGAUCCAACAUACUUUAUGAAAAUGCUGGAAGAUUUUACCAAGGAAUUGAAUACCAAUUUGCUCAAGGAAGAGUAGACAAGAUUGAUCUACAAAUUUAGCGAACUAUAUUGCUAUAUAUAUGUUGCAGGAAGCUAUAUGUGUGUGUAUUAAGUCAUACCUGUUGCAGAAAGCUAUAUGAUUGUAUUAGACAUCUAAAUAAAGUGGUAAUUAAUAUGGAUUUUCCCAGAUACU